AUGGCUAUCGAGGCAAAGGAUAUCAAGCUCUACGUAUGCAAAUUCCUCGGACUUUCCGUAAAAUUUGUCAGUUCAUACGUCCAAAAGUACCCAUUGGCUUCAGGAGUUCUGCUUUUCUUCUUCCUUCUGUAUCUGUUGUUCCCGUUCGUUUUCAAGCUACUGGUGUAUUCCAUUCCCAUCCUCACAUGCAUCGCAACUGGCAUUACAAGAUAUCUUUCUUCCAGUUCUGCGAUUCGUAAGGUCGAACAUUUCAAGGGAGAUGGAAAACCCGGACAGGACUUCCAGCCCUCAAACUCUGACUCGGCCCUAGAGGGAACUCCAAUCCGCAGGCCAAAAAAGCCCGUAAUAAGUGCUCAAAUGAGCAAGCGCCGGAAUUUUAAGACGAGGAGAGAAGAUCUAAACGAUCGGGGGCCUGUAGAGGUAAAACAGGCUGAGCUCUCCGUACCUGAUGAUAAUUUUAUUAUCAGAAAAAGCGAAAAGAAAGAAGAGAUUGAAAAUCCAAUCGUAGGACAGCAGCAGGUACAUUUCCAACCUGAUCAGGGGGAGAGUUCCAGAAAAGCAGAAAAUUUUUUGGAUGAGCCAGCUCCGGUAGCAGGUGAUUCUGAUCCUCAGAAGCUGGAUAUUGGGUUAGGAGAUGAGACUUCCAAUGGUUUGGGCAACAGUGGACCUAGCGCAAGUCAGGUAGAGGCGGAGUUGGAAGAAGCAGAAGAUGAUGACGAAGAAGAUCAGGCCCAGGAUGAAGGGAAUCGGGUCGUGGAGUGGACAGAGGAUGAUCAGAAGAAUGUCAUGGAUCUUGGUUUCUCCGAGCUCGAAAGAAACCGGAGACUGGAAAAUCUGAUUGCUAAGAGACGUGCCCGGAAGUUAAUGACCGCGUUGAGGGGCCAACCGCACCUCUUGGAUCUCGACAGCAAUGCCCGUUCCAGUCAUGUGCCGCCAGUUCAGUUAUCAAAGAACAACCCUUUCGUUAUCCUUCCUGGCGGGUCCGAGGAAGAUAUGAUGGACUCACAGAUCCCCGGUUCAGCCCCUUCAGUUCUGUUGCCUGCUCGAAAUCCUUUUGACAUCCCUUACGACCCACACGAAGAGAAGCCGAACCUCACGACUGACGGGUUUCAGCAGGAGAUCUUGGCUUCUUCUCAGGCUAGAGACAUCUUCUGUCGGCACGAGAGCUUCACCCUUGGGCCCUCUUUCUCUGCUGACAUUUAUCAGGACCAAGGUCCAGUGGGCCCGAAUCUUCAUUCUUGGCCUGACGGACAGAUCCUGAGAGAAGCAAGAUUCUCGAGGUUCAGAAAACUAGCAGAAAAGGGAGAUCAUGACAGGUUAGUCGAACAAAUCUUAUAUCAUCGGCAGAACUCUUCAGAUUGUGAUGAACAAGAAGAUAAAUCUCCCAAAGAGAUGCCAAAAUCCCUUGAAAACAUGCAGGAACAAAACAGGGAAAAUGGAGAUAAUGCGGAUGAAUCUGGAAAUUCUAGAGAUACAAAAUCGAGUAGUUAUCCUCAAAAUGAAGUCCUCGCAAAACCUGAAGAGGGGGCUGUGAAGUCAGACUCAUCAUCUACAUCAGAAGAGCACAAAGAGGAAUCCAUUCCGAAAGAAAGUGAUGAAGUUCAGGACACUUUAGAUCUGGGAAAGGUUGACAACUCCCCUGAGGAGCCCAACAUUCCUAGAGAAGGGUCUCCCAUUGCCAACGGUUGGAGUACCACAAAUGACCCUUUCUAUGGCUCGGGUCAGUCAAUCAUUGAGUAUCUUGACAGGGGAAUGGGCCACAGCAUGACGUACUCGAUAGCCUCAGAUAUGCAGGUUGAGGUUUCCGAGACAAGCUCGCCUCGGAAUAUUCCCGAUGACAUCAUGUCCCCCCCUGAUGUCAUUGAAGAAGAUGAGUUGAAGGAAUUAAACGAGACCGAUGAUAAUCAGCAAGACGAUGCUGCGGACCUUGGAUUUCAGGAGUGAACAAUGAUCUCGUGAACUCUUCCCCAUCAGCGGUUUCCAUAAGGGAUAAGGAUGAAGAAGAUUCAGCUAGUAAAAUAUCAACUUCUUCAUCAACCACCCCAAAUUCUGAGGAGGUUCAUCCCAAUGAUCAAGUGGGUUCUAACGAGAACAUCUACAUGGAUAAAGCAUCAGGGGAAAGAAAACCCGGUUCUCCUGACUCUUUAGAUGCCGAGAUUCCUGAAGUAAUACAGUUCGUAGAUAAUUCAAUGCCCCAUGAAGUUCGUUCCAGUGAACCUGAGGAAAUUUCGAGCUCCACGGGGAGUUCAACUGUGAAAAUCAGGUACAACCCGAGCGCAGUUGUUCAGAACAGCCAUGAAGAUAAGAAUAACUGUGGGCCUAUUGAACAACAUGCUGUGGAUGAAGUCAAAAAUCAGAUUGACCAGGACAUCAUUCCUCAUGCUGGAAAAUUAGAGGAGGAAGAUAUUAAUCCCUUCGCCGGUCUCUUAGAGGAGACCAGCAUGACUUACACCACAAUCGACUCCACAGCACAAAGGGCAGAAGACGGAGAGAUCGAGCGGGAGACUGCUGAAGGACUCAAGGGAGAAUUCAAAACCCGAGCUGUAGAGGAGAGGAACCUCAGCCAUGACAAUAUGCAAUGCACACCGACUGAACUUCAGUCGGAUUGCCAGAAACAGGAAAGUUAAAAUGAACUCAGCCAUCAAGUCCCUCUGAGUAAGUCAAACGAGUUUUUCACACUAUAGUACUGGAUGGCAUGGAAUUCUUCGGUGGAUGUAAUGUAACACUCACUUAGAUAGUCUUUUUUUAAUUUUUUUUUUUUGGUAUAUUGGCGCAACUUGUUUGCUGAAAGAACUAAGAAGAAAAGAAGAAACUGCAUGCUUGAACGAGUUAUUUUAGUCCAAAAAUUGGGGGAAGGCCUCAAAUUUCUUCUCUGGCACUUACUUGGUGAUGAUGAUGAUGUUACGGUAGUACUGGUCACUUCACUUCAGGUGCAAGAAUCUUCAUGUACAUAUUAAACAUGAUGGGACCUUCC